GAGCUCUUCCCUUGACAGACACUGAUCGACAAUGUCUCGGCUCAGUAGCUCCUUUUGCAUCCUGUUCCUAACCAUUCAAUUGUCGCAUUUCGUCCUGCCAGCUCCAACUGGAAAUAUGCCUCUGACUGCAUCCGAUGGCCUGGUGACUUUUAGAAUGAGCAUUGACAGGGAAUUCGAGCAAUUGCUGCCCGAACUGGAGCUCAAAUUGUUGCAGGCACAGCAUCGGGAAGAAGAUUUGGAAGUGCUGCGCAUGCAGCUGCUGCAGUUGAACUUACUAAAGUUGUUAGUCGGCUUGGAUUGCUUUAUCUUGUUGUGCCUGUGUUACUAUGCCAGAGAAGAAAAAUAUCGCCCAGUUGAAACCGUGUGACAACCCUUUCAUAACUAACAUAGUUUGUAAGAUGCACAAAAAAACACUUUAAAUUAUCGAAAAAAUUAACGUUAAGUACGCAGUGUAUUAUAGCACUCUGUUAAUUAAUUUUGAAAACGUUAUUGCUAUGAAAAUUUAGAUUAGCUUAUAAAUUGUAGCAUCGCCACCCAUGAAGCCCUAAUGGUGUGUUUUAAAUAAACUGUUAUUGAAUAAUUACGAGCCAA